AUGGGCGCAAACAACGCGGCUGAGGUGUUGCGCAAAAUCCAAGACCUCAACGACAAUCACGAAAUCUCCAUCAUCAGGCUCAGCGAGCCCAUCUCGAGCGCCGUCGCGCAAGAAUCACGACAGCAACGAACGUCGGACGCGUCCAAUGCUUCUCAAGAUGCGACAACACCAGCCAGCCUCGAGGCCGAUCUUGAGCACUACAAGGAGCUCUUUGCGAAGCUGCGCUUCUCCUACGUUGAGCAGGUCACCAAGGAAAAGUUCAUCCGCGCCAUUGUCGGCGACCCGCCUGUCAUCGUCUCGCCGCAGGAAAAUCUCGAGCUGGAAACGGCAAACCUGGCCGCAAAGGCGCAGCUAAAGGCGCUCAAGGUCGAGGUCGCAGACAUGGUAACGGAGCUGGAGAAAAAGGGCAAGGAACUGGCCAAGCGACACCAGAGCGUGCAGCUGGACACGGCCAAGUUGAAAGAACUCCCAGACAAGAUUGCCGAUUUGGAGGAGCGGGUGGCAGAGCUCAGGGAGAUGCAGGAGCCGGGGCAAAAGCCGCACAUGAACCUGCCCCUCGCCAAGACACUCGACUUGGUGGACGAGAAGAAGAGACAACAGCAGCAAUUGGACCGCGAGCUGGAGCAACUCCAGGCCAGGGUACCAAGGAAGAGAAAGGAACUAGAGAGGUUGCAGGCCGAGCUGCAACCGCUGCAGGCCAAGCGGCAGAAUAGCACGGCCGCCGCGAAGGAAGCGCAAAGGCGAAAGGAAGGGGCCGGCGGCGAUGCGGACGAUCUCGAGGAGCGGGGUCGGUGGCUGAGGGCGAGCGAGGCGACGCUGAAGCAGAUGCUGGACAUUCAGGGGUGA